AAGAGUCCUACUGAGAUAUGGUAAAAACAAAUCCUGCAAGAAAUUAUUAUCAUGUACUUAUAUCACAUACUGGCUGUCUCAAAACAAUAUGAUUCCUGCAAGAAAACACCACCACAUUAUAUCUGAUUUUAAAUACAAGUGUGUGAAGGGAGAGGCUGACUGAGAUAUGGUUAAAUACGAUUCCUGCAAAAAAAAAAACGCCAUAUAGUUACAAGUGUCUGAAUGAAGAAACUUUCAGAGAUAUGAGUAAAUACAAUUCCCGCAACAAAAAAUCAUAACAAACAAGCUGUCUCUAAAUACAAGUGUCUGAAAGAAGAGUCCUGCUGAGAUAUUGUUUAAUACAAAAAUUGUCCAAAAAGAAAAAUCUGUGGAAAAUACUAACGAAAUUCCUCCAUAGAUACACUAAAAUUGUUUUAUCAAAACUUUGAGUGCAGCAUCAUCCCACCAAGUCCUUUAAACUAAGAUCACACAUAAUGCAAGGAUGUAUCCUAUCACCUAUACUAUUUCUUAUGGUUAUUGACUGAAUAUAACAAAAGAAACAGAUAAAAAAAGAUUGAAAUUUAACGAACACUUUCCACUCAAUUGGAAGACUUUGGAGAUGAUCCUGCAGAAAAAACAACAACUCAAAAUCAGCUGCAAUAGAAGCCCCAACGGCCAUUUUGCACAGAAAAAUGGUCUGAAUAUUACCAUCUAAAAACUUAUGUUAUAUCCAUCAACACCUUAUGAAAUCUUUUGGUCAAGUAAGAUCAGCAAUAAAAACUUACUGAAAAGAAGCAAUAGUGAGAACAUCACAAAUGAGAUAAAGCAAAGACAAUUUAGAUGUCUAAGCCAUGCUUUGAGAAUGCCAAUUGAAAGAAUACUAAAGUAGCUCUCAACUGGAUAGCAACAUUAAAGAGAAAACUAGGCCAACCAUGUACAACCUGAGGGAGAAAUGUUGCAAGUGAGCUACACAAGAUUUGGUACACCAGCAGGAAAGCUCAGAAUGUGGCAAAGAACAGGAAAAAAUAGAAGCUUGUGGUAGUCUUAUGUACCAUUUGGGAUGAAGAGGAUAUAAGAUCCAUGCUGUGUAGAAAGCUUAAGGUGUGAGGACUGUAAUCAUAUAAGGAGCUGUGACAAGUUCCACUGAAGAGAGAUUAAUGGUGUCAGCAUUUCAGUGUUUAUUUGAAGUAGAGGGAGACCAGAGAUUUAGUAUAAUAAGUGAUGGACCAUUAGAUUUAACAGAUGAUCAGAUGUUCUCUCUUCAGUUUUUUGUCCCAGUGAAAUCACCAUAUGACGUUAUGACUGUAAAUGUGUGUAUUCCUGAACAAGAUUUUAGAGAAAAUGAUAAUAACAAUAAAGAUGUAGUUCUACAGAGAUCAGAAUCAAGGAAUACAGUAUUUGCUUCAUUUUCUGUGAAAUUUUUAUCUCCUUUGAGGUUAACAGUUGUAUUAACACCAGGAUAUCCUUCAUGUGAACCACCUAUUUUUACAUUGUCUUCAUCAUGGUUGAAUGGGGAUCAACUGACCUCUUUGUGUAUACAACUAGAUAAACUAUGGAAUGAAUGUCCAUCAAUGCCAAUACUCUUCUCAUGGAUUGAUUGGCUUGAACAUAAUACUUUUGGUUAUUUAGGUAUCAGUGAUAAAGUGUUUGUCCAACAGUGUGUGACAGAUGAUGAUAUUGACACCAGAGCUGUUCCUGAUUGUGAUAAUAUAGACGAUACAGUCAAUGAAAUGCUCAGGCAUAAUAUGCAAGAAGAGAUGACAGAAUUCUUAAGAUAUGAUCAGGAAUGUGGUAUAUGUUUUUGUGAGAAGUCUGGGAGAGAUUUUGACAGGCUGCUACCAUGUAAACACCAUUUCUGUAGAGAGUGUAUGGCAGAACAUUGUUCAAUUCAUGUUAAAGAGGGUACUGUUCAACACUUAUUAUGUCCAGAACCCAAAUGUGAAACAGAAAUCAGACCAUACAUUUUAAAGGAAGUGCUGAAUGAUGAUGAUUAUGAAAGAUGGGAAAGGCUUAUAUUACAGUAUGGAUUAGAUACAAUGGGAGACAUUAUUUACUGUCCAAGAUGUCAGAAUGUUGUGGUCAAGGAGGAGGAUUUAGGACAUUGUUUGUCAUGUUUGUUUACAUUCUGUACAAAGUGCUUAGAGAAAUGGCAUCAGGGUGAUACUUGUUUCUUUGAAAAGGAGGUGGAGGGAGAUGAGGAGGGAAAAAAUGGAUCUACGAAGUCGGAAAAUGUUGAGGAAAGCGAGAAGGCUGAACGGAAAAGGUUGCACAAGCAAAGAAGAGCGGAAAUGAAUUUAAGUUAUCAACUAAUAAAGGCCAGAACCAGACAAUGUUGGAAAUGUAAAUCCCCUAUUGAGAAAAAUGGCGGCUGCAACAAAGUGACAUGUUCAAGGUGUUCUUCUGCCAUGUGCUGGGCUUGUGGAAGAGAUAUAACCAAGAUAUCUUAUGCACACUUUUCUGACAACCCAAAAUGUGGAGAAAUAAUAAAUGAGGAUGUUAUGCAGACUCUUUUCAGAGAUCCAAUUCCACAGAAAGUAAGAGAAAUAGAUGAGGCCAUAUUAGAAGGUGGAAAAGUUGCAGAACAAAAUGUAAGAAGAUGUUCUCGUUGUAGACAGAGAAAUUUAAGAGAAAACAGAAACAAUCAUAUAAAAUGUUGGAACUGUAAAAAUAGUUUUUGUUUUCUCUGUAAUGAAUUGAUAAAACCACCAUAUACAAAACAUUUCACAAAUACCCUAUGUAAACAACAUUCAAAGCACGAUGUAGAAGAAAUUCAGCCAAGAAAACCAAGGAAAAAUGCUGAUAUGAAUAGUUAAUAGAAAUUAGAAGUUAGGUUUAAAAUGAAUUUAAUCAAUACCAAUAAUCAAAAUGACAAUCAACAAUAAUCAAAUUUCUUAGUUGGUUUAAAAUAUGUCGUUAUUCUUUUCAAGAGAAAUGCAAUGUUUUAGAAUAGAAAAAAGUACAUUUGUAUUUAAAUCAGCAAUAAAAAUUUAGAUUAUUAGGAAAAGAGAAAAAUAUUUCUGAAGUUUACCGAUGUUUUUAAAAGUCUCGACAUUUCCUUGACCUAGUAUAAUCAGGUCUUAUAUUAUUGUGGUAAGACACAUGUAUGGAUGGCAUACCUGGAUGAUAUUUUAGAUAUAAAAUAUAAAAACAUCAAGUGUAAAAAAAGUAAAAUUAGAUAUGGAAUUAAAUGAUUUUGAAAUAAAUGUUAAUUUAAUUUAAUUUAUAAUUUAAUAUGUUUUUCUGUAAUUGAUAUUUGCAGUAUUGAAACAUGUUGAGGCAAUUUUGCAACCUGUGAUAAUGUAUUAAUUAACCAGGAGUUGUGUAUGUGCCUUUAUGUGUAUGUUAAAGGGUUAUAUAAUGACUACAUUCAUAGUAAUAAUAGGAAUUGCCAUUAUUUUUUUUUUGUAUAUAUCUAGUUUUGUCUGUUUAGAAUAACCUAAACUCCUUUAAGAAAAAUAUAUCAAUUUACAGUACAUGUAGUAGAAUAAAAUGUGUUGAAAUUCAACUCUUUUAAGAAAUGUUUUUGUUAUAUCAUUUAAUUUAUCUCUUGUGUAUAUGUUGAGAGUGCAAGAAUUUGUGUAUACAUUAAUUUUUUAAAAGCUACAUUAUGUGGUUUAAUCCACAUUUUUCAAUAUUAAGGUCAUAUGUGCAGAUCUUACAAAAGUUCUUUAUUGAUAUGGAAUAACAUAUUUAUAUUUAUUUAGAAUUCAAGAUAUCCCAAUUGUAUAAUAAAUUAUAAAAGAUACCUUAUUUAUUGUAAUAUUAUGUUUACUGUGAUUCUGUGAUAAUAAUUUGUAUUUAUUUAUGACAUUGUUAUAUUUUUUAGUUUACCUCAACUGGGUCCUUAAAUCAUUUAUCUUUAACAUAAUUUUCAUAUAAUGAAUUUUUUCAUAAUUUUUAUAAAAAUUUUAAGAUAUAGAAUAAAUUUGAGAAAAACA